CUGUAAAAACAAACAGGGAACUGCAAAAACGUUAAGCUACCAAAAGCCUUUCUUCUUGAAGUUUGCCUCUGCUAGCUGAGGAAUGGAGCGAGUUCGCAGUUUCUGGUCCCUUCUUGAGAAAGCUCAGAAGACCUUCAAGUUUCUGUGGUCUGUCUAUUCCAAACCAGCUCCCCGCAGCGCACUGGAGUGUCUUGCUCUUCUCCUACAGUGCUUGUUCAUUGCAGUGUUAACUGGAGGGCUUCUGUUUACAUGGAUGUAUCUCACUUUAAAAUACAAAUACCAGGCAUCUUGUGUUGUGGCAGGGAUGUAUGCUUCUGUGUGUCUUUUCAUUCUGUUUCUUGUGCAUCCUGUUCGGUGUAUGUUUACCAUGAUAAUACCUUCCCUGGGUACCAAGCAAGGCCGAAAGCUGAUUAUUUCAACAGCCAUGAUGUUGCUAGUCUUACAUUGUAUCCCAAACAUUGUCACCAACAUUAAAACCAUAUUCGACAUAAUAAAAUGUUCAACCCAAACAACAACUGAAAAAACUUUAAAUUCCACCAUCAUUUUGAAUUCUGCUAUAAGUGAUUUUAACAAGUUCUUUCAAAACAUACCUGCCAUACAAAAAGCUCAAAAUAAUUUGAACUUUAAGGGAAAUAUUAAUAUUUCUGAGAUUAACAAAAAGCUCGACGUCAUUUCUGAAGGAGUGAAACAAGAAUUCCACUCAGUUGAAUUGAUUCUGAGAACAUCGUUGGAGGUGAUAAAAAAGGUUGUUGCUGGAUUGCUCCUCUUGUAUUUGCUGGCAGGGUCUGUGUGGUAUUUAAUAGGCUAUCUGACAGACAUAAAAUACGACAACUUGUAUGUUACAGAGAAACUGCGUAGCUUAGCUGAGGAGCACGGGAGGACUGAUGCCCUGCUAUCCUAUGAUAAAAAGCUAGUCAAGUCGACUGGUUUAAGAAUGUCUCGUCAUGAGGUCUUGAGAGCCCUGCGUGGUAUAGUGAUCCUAGCUGUCUAUGGGGUGAUCGCUGCAGUAAUAAUAGGACUUGAUCACUUUGUCUUCUUCCUCCUGGGGAAUAUCCUAGAAUGGGCACAUGACUUUCCAGAAGUAGAUUUUUCUAUUUCAGCCAAGCUGUCAGUUAAGAUUGGAGUACGAGGUGUGAAUGAAGUUAACAACUUUUUUAACGAUGCUGUCAAUUUUUUUGGAGGAGACGGUUCCAAGGCUCAAAUCCCUACAGAAACACACAUGGAUAAAAACUACGAGUUCGGCAUCCCCCUUCUCAGUGAAAACUGCUUAAAGAAACUCUCUCCACCACACAGCUCCAUAGCUGUCACGGUUGGAGUCCUGCACCUUGUUGCCUUUGUCAUGCUGGUCGGGGAGGUUUAUGCCAGACGUGCACGCAGAAAGAUUUCAGCCAGCUUUUACAAGCAACGGGAAGAGGAGAGAGUGAACUACCUGUUUCAGAAGAUCAUAGAAAAGGAAAUGGAAUGAACACAGCAGUUCUGUUACAAAAUGUAGUUUUUGUUUUUGUUGUGUCAAAUGCAUUUUUAGUACCAAAGAUGAAAAAUGUUUGUCCGUUUAUAAAUAGAUUAGAAAAAUGAUCAGCCUCACACUGAGAGACUGGAAUUAAGUAUAUUCUUUCCCUUAAACAAAAUGUCUUUCUGUGGGUUUUCUGUCACCAGGUUGUUAAACUUUCUGACCAGAGCCCUUUUCAAAGUUGACAGUAAUGUAAUCAAUUUAAUUAUUUGCAGCAAAUAAGAAAAUAUCUGUGAUGAGAUGCAAAACCCAGACAUGUCUGAUGAACCAAAAGGGGUAACAUAAUUUGAGGAAGUAACAAAAAAAAAAAAGAUGUAAACCAUUAAGGCACUUUUACAAAAGCAGCAUUUUUUUUAUUGGUAUAUUAAGGUUACAC